CACUAUACUCUAUGCUUCUAAACACAUGGUAAUAAUAUUAGUACUAUCUACAUAAGCUAUUUAAUACGAUAACUGUCAAAUAAAAUUGACUCAAAACUUAUCAAACAGGCUUUGAAUAGUUGAGAGUAGAAUGUCGCUGAAUGAGAUCCUGUCGCUGGCAGGCACCGAAGCCGCGGUGCCUUUUGUACAACUAACGCAAACGUUCCUGGGGUUGAUGACUGCCCUGUUCUAUCAAGAUUCAGUGUACCCACCUGAUGUAAAAAUAUUUGAUGGUCAAAAAUUUGACUUCAUCAUCGUGGGCGGCGGCACGGCGGGGUGUGUGCUUGCUAACAGGCUCACUGAAGUUACUGACUGGAACGUGUUACUCAUAGAAGCUGGAGAUAACCCACCGAUCAUAUCAGACAAACCGGCGUUUUACCCUCUAAUUGACUCUUCAAAGGUUGACUGGAAUCGCUUUUCCGUCAACGAUGGGUACUCUGCUCAAGCUCACAAAACUAAGAACAUUCAUAUGACCAGUGGCAAAAUGCUUGGAGGGUCCAGUGCCGCUAACUAUAUGUUUUAUGUAAGAGGGAACAAGGCCGACUUCAACACCUGGGUAGCUGAAGGUAACGAGGGGUGGGACUGGGAUACGGUCACAUACUACUACAAAAAAAGCGAAAAUUACAAAGAUCCCGUGAUCCUAAAUAGCAAAUCUCGUAGUUUGCACAACACAAAUGGAUACCUUGGUGUCACCCGACCGGACUGGCCUGAAGAAACCAAAGAUUACUUCGAAGCUUUCAGAGAGAAUGGUCGCAACAUUAUAUUGGAUACCAACGGAUUUCGACAGAACGGCUACUCCCAGCCUCCGAUGACGAUUGACAACGGUCUUCGACAAAGUACAGCAGUCGCAUUCAUAAGGCCCAUUAAGAAUAGGCCUAAUUUAUUCAUCUUAAGAAAUACAAGAGCUAGGAGAGUUAUUUUAAAUAAAAUAAACAGAGCUACCGGCGUAGAGGUCAAGUUAGCUGAUGGCACAAUUACGAAAAUCAUUGCGUGUAAAGAAGUAAUUUUAUCAGCGGGUUCCUUCAUUAGCCCUCAAUUACUAAUGCUAUCUGGUAUAGGCCCAAGAAAACAUCUAAACAAGAUGAACAUAAAAGUUAAAUUGGACUCACCACAUGUUGGUAAACAUUCGCAAGAUCAUCCAUUAUUUUUCGUAUCACUCACGGGUAGAACAAAUCCUCUAUCAGCCGUACAAAAUCUUGGUAUCAUAGCCCGACCUGACAGGUUUCCUAGUCCUACACUAUUAGGACACGUGGCUCUCGAUAACCAACAAUUAUAUCCUGACUAUCAAGUAUUCGCCUUUGUAUCACCAGCUUCUUCUGCAGCAUCUACUAUCAUCUGCUCUCAUGUCUUAAAACUAGAAGACAACAUAUGUCAAGCGCUCACAAAAGCCGGUUUAUUAAAGGAAACUCUAUUUUCUUUUCUUAGUUUGUUACACCCACAUUCCAGAGGUGAAAUUAAACUUAAAAGCAAUGAUCCUGAUGACCAGCCCUUGAUAUACACAGGUUAUUUUACUGAUGAACGUGAUUUAGAAAAGUUCACGUGGGCCUUGGAAGACUACUUGACCAUACUCAACAGCACAGUAUUUAGGAACAUGAAUUCAGAAGUAAUUAACAUGGACGUACGUCAGUGCAACCAUUUGAAGUUUAAAUGUCAUGAUUAUUGGAAAUGUUUUAUAUUGAACACGAUUAGUACCCAGUUCCAUACGUCUGGCACAUGCAGGAUGGGUCGACCAGGUUAUGGGGUGGUAAAUGAGAGACUACAGGUAUACGGUACCAUAGGCCUCAGAGUAGUCGAUGCCAGUAUAAUGCCAAAUAUAACUAGCGGCAAUACGAAUGCGCCGACGAUGAUGAUCGCCGAAAAAGCUGCUGAUAUGAUUAAACAAGAUUACAAUUUGUUUUGAUUGUAGUGAAUUUAUGGUUUCGCGGAAAUAGACGACAUUUAGAAGACCUACUUGGCGUAUUGGAUUGUAUUUCAAUAUAUUUAUACCGCUCUAUAUCUCUUAUCGAGAAAUAAAGAAGCAUCUUUAGUACAACGAAUAAAUUAUUUAUGAUUAGCUAUGCUAAAAAUACACACAUAC